AUGGACAGAACGAACAAGAAACAUUUCGGAGGCGGUGACGCGGCAUGGGAAGCUGAAAAAUUAGGAAACUACGCUCACAGUGAAGUUCGGCUAAUGGAGGUCUUGGAACACUUAUGCUCUGAUGUAGUGAAAGGUCAAAGCCAGUGUUAUAGGCUGGUCGAAGAGUGGGAAGAAGCUAUCGAGAAAUGGUGGUUCAACAAGAAGCCCGGAAUUCUUCAUGACUGGUUGUGCAUAAAUGAAACAAAGUCAUGCUGCCCGGUCGAUCACUUCGGUCUGCAAUGCACUCCUUGCCCUGGAUAUCCAGACGUCUGUACGAAUAACGGUAAAUGUAAUGGGUCCGGUACUAGAGAAGGCAAUGGGAAGUGCAUCUGUUCUUGCAGAUACACCGGCGCUAAUUGUGAUAAAUGCGCAGAUAACUUUUACGAAGAUAGAAGCGACAAUUACCUUUUUUGUUUAGAAUGUGACAAAGCUUGCAAAGGUUGUACUGGAGCGAGGAGAGAAAACUGUAUCGAGUGUAACAACGGUUGGGAAAAAAAUAAAAACGGCUGUGUUGAUAUAAACGAAUGCAAAUUAAAAGGCACGUGCAAAAAUAAUGAACAUUGCGUUAACAAAGAUGGACACUUCGAAUGUCUACCGUGUGACAAAUCUUGCAACCGCUGUCAUGGAAUUGGCCCGGAUAUGUGUGACAAAUGCACCACUGGAUACCGCCUUCAUUAUGGUGUUUUUGAGGAGUUGAUACAGAAGAGCUCUUGCCUACUGCAACCUAAACAGGUCUAUUGUGGAACCGCUGUUGCUUAUAGUCAUAACUUGGAAAGUGCACACUUUCCUUGGUGCCUCAGUGGUGGAUCAGGACGGCUAGGUGUUUUCAGGUGA